GGCUACGGUGAGCCGAGCAGCUUCAGUGCUGCUACCUUCUCUGAAACCGCUUAGGCGUCUUCUAGGCAGACUUGCCCCAGAGGCGACGCUCCAGCGCGACACGGCACAGGACGGGACACGCGGCGACCUCGACCUCUCUCCUGCCUUCCUUUCCCUUCAUGUCGGCCUUGGAGAAGACCAUGCACCUGGGCCGCCUGCCCUCCCGCCCCCCCCUGCCGGGCGGCGGGGGCGGUCAGAGCGGAACCAAGCUGCGCAUGGGCCCUGGAAGAAAGCGAGACUUUUCCCCUGUUUCCUGGAACCAGUACUUUGAGUCCAUGGAAGAUGUGGUGGUGGAGAAUGAGACUGGCAAAGAUACUUUUCGAAUUUAUAAGAGUGGCUCAGAGGGCCCAGUCUUGCUGCUGCUGCAUGGAGGAGGCCAUUCUGCCCUCUCUUGGGCUGUGUUCACUACAGCAAUUAUUAGCAGGAUUCAAUGUCGAAUUGUGGCACUGGAUCUGAGAGGUCAUGGUGAGACAAAAGUCAAGAAUUCUGAAGAUCUGUCUGCAGAAACUAUGGCAAAGGAUGUAGGGAAUGUGGUUGAAGCUAUGUAUGGAGAUCUUCCUCCUCCCAUCAUGCUGAUUGGCCACAGCAUGGGUGGUGCUAUUGCAGUCCAUACAGCAUCAGCCAAUUUGGUGCCAAGUUUAUUGGGUCUCUGCAUGAUUGAUGUUGUUGAAGGUACAGCAAUGGAUGCUCUAAAUAGCAUGCAGAAUUUCUUACGCGGUCGCCCUAAAACCUUCAAGUCCCUGGAGAAUGCCAUAGAAUGGAGCGUAAAGAGUGGCCAGAUACGGAAUCUGGAAUCUGCCCGAGUUUCAAUGGUUGGCCAAGUCAAACAAUGUGAAGGGACUCUGAGUCCUGAAGGCUCUAAGACCAUGGUAGAAGGGAUCAUAGAGGAAGAAGAAGAAGAUGAAGAAGGAAGUGAAUCUGUUAAUAAAAGGAAGAAGGAAGAUGAUACUGAGACCAAGAAGGACCAUCCAUAUACCUGGAGAAUUGAACUGGCAAAAACAGAAAAGUACUGGGAUGGUUGGUUCAGAGGCUUAUCCAACCUCUUUCUUAGCUGUCCUAUUCCUAAGCUACUGCUUCUUGCAGGUGUUGACAGGCUAGAUAAAGAUCUCACAAUUGGCCAGAUGCAAGGAAAGUUUCAGAUGCAGGUACUUCCUCAGUGUGGCCAUGCAGUUCAUGAAGACGCUCCUGACAAGGUAGCCGAAGCGGUUGCAACAUUCUUGGUUCGUCACAGGUUUACAGAGCCUAUUGGUGGAUUUCAGUGCGUCUUCCCUGGCUGUUAGUGUCCUGACAUCCUCCAACUCCAAGAUCCAUUGUAAAUAUACCACACCAGAGGCCACUGUGAUGUAGCUGUAUCUUCCUCAUCUUGUUCCUAGCCCAGCCCAGCCAUGAGACAUCGGCUCAUUGAUAGAACUAGUGUCCCUAACACAUGUAAAACCUCUAAGCAUAUUCUUGACAAAACCUUUUGUUCAAGACCCCUUGAUGUACAUCCAUCUUCUAAUUCCAAACUUCUUCUGAGCCCCAAAGUUUUCUCAUCUCCUUCCUAUCCGAUCUCAUCCCACUUCCCCCCUCUCCAAAGGGGCUGUAUUCCCCAAACCAAAAUGACCAGUUGUAGGACAGAGUUGCCACAUUUUUAGCACUUUGCUAAAACCCCUAAGUGAGCCCCUUGCUUUCAGACUUGAAGAGACUAACUGGGCCCUGCCAGUUUCCUCUUGGGGAGGCGGGGGAUGACCUAGUCUAAUGUUGGGGACUCUCUGCCACUCUUGGGGUGGGAAUGGGAAGGAAGAGUUACAAAGGGAAUUUUUCUUUGGCCUAGCCCUGGGCAUCCAAAGUAUAUAUGAGAGAUAACUUCAUAGCCAUGCUUAGAGGGAGGAGCCUUUUAUCCUUCAAAUAAAAUGACCAAUCAGGUUACUGUUUUCUUCAUAGUUUGAUCCUUUCAGCACAUUUUAGAGGCUGCUAUUUGCUUAUGCCCCUGUGGUAACAGCAACACAGCCUUGGGUAUAAUCUCCAAUGUGGAUCAGGCAUAUGGGAUCAGGGAGGAAGGCUGCAGCCUGCCAGGGAAACCAGGCAGGGCUCAGUCCAAGCACAUUAUGCCACCGCCUUCUACCUAUCCAUAUCCUAUGGAUAGGUACUGUACUAUCCUAUCAGAUGGGUUGAGACCAGAUUGCCCAUACCACAUGCUGAGCUCUGGCUGCGUCUUAUAUUGCCCCAUCUCUGGAUGGGGGUAAUUGCCCACCAGCUCCCCCAGGCUGGGCUCUCCUGCCUCCCCAUGCUCCCUAUCUGCCACUGACUGGCCUUGCUUGAAUGAGUGCAUCCUAUUCAGGGAGUUGCCAGGCCAUAGCCUAUUCAUUGUUAACCGUUGAGCUGUGGUAUGGUGCAAAGUAUGUGUUUGCCUCUCCCAAAUCCACCUCUUUUUCACAGCCUGAGUAGUUUCCAUGGGUUUCCUUUCAUAGAAGCAGCACAGCUGACCCCUCCUCACUUCCCUCAUCUCAAGGGAAGAUGUUGUGUUUCCCUAGUGUUGAGGGGAGGUCCCCGAAAGCCAUGCCUAUUCUGUGUCUUAGGUGCUGCUCCUACCCUAUCUCUUGCUCCUAACUCCAAGCCACUCUGUCCUACUACACAGUCAGGCAUCUGGGACCCUCUCUGUUCCUUUGGUAUUUAUGAUCUUGUUUAAAGAAAAUAAAUAUUCCCAGCCUA